ACAAAAGUGCAGUAUUGAUUAAAAAUGGCGACUCACAACUCCAGUCAGCCAGCUGAUUCUAGAGUAAACGACUUUCCACAGAAUUUUUUCGACAAGUACAGGAAAAGCGGUGCUACGAGAGAUGGCGGUAAGAUGCAAGAGUGCUUCCGUACAUUCGAUACUGAUAGAGAUGGAUACCUCAAUACAUUGGAAUUUGAUGGCCUUCUUAGCCAGUUAUUUUCAAAAAGAGGAAAGCCUUAUUUAUUAACGGAUUCUCAGAGGACAGAACUGUUCAACCUGGUGGACAGCAACAAGAUUCUUGAUCCAGUGACAGCCUUGAUAAUUGUUGAUGUCCAGAAUGAUUUUAUCAGCGGCUCUUUAGCCAUCCAAGAAGGGGAGUUGAUCGUUUCUCCUAUAAAUAACAUUCUUGACACCUACAAAUUUGAUUUAGUGGUCUACACUCUAGACUGGCAUCCACACGAUCAUAUAUCCUUUGUUGAGAAUGUGAAAAAAAGAGAAAUAGACCCAGCGUCAAAGGUAAAAGCAGAGCAUGCUAAGGUACAAGAUGAGGUUAUAUUCAGGAUCCCGGGAUAUGAAGAGGGAAGAAUACAGACUGUGUGGCCGAGGCACUGUGUUCAAAAUACUGAAGGAGCAAAAUUGCAUAAAGAUCUUAAAUUAUUAAACAAUGCACUGUACAUAAACAAGGGCACAGAUCCCGAUAUUGACAGCUACUCAGCUUUCUGGGACAAUGGCAAAUUAAGGCAAACUCAGCUAGAGGCGGAAUUAAGGAAAAGAAAAGUAACAGACGUCUAUGUCUGCGGGCUGGCCAUAGACAUCUGUGUCCGUUUUACUUCUCUAGACUCCAUUGCUCAUGGCUUCCGAACUAUUCUGAUAGACAGUGCUUGUAAGGGCGUCGAUCAACAAAGUGUUGAACCAAGUAGAGAACAGAUCAGGAAAAGUGGAGGAUUGUGCAUUGACAUUUGUGAGAUGGGUGAUAUUUAUAGUUUGGUAGACCGACGGCCAGAGAUUGGCCUUCAUGCAGCAAGAACAGCAUUAGGUGGCAAAAAGUGUGACGAAAUAGAGAGGAGAGUCAUUACUCAGUAACCUUCAGGUCAUGGGUCAAAAGAAGGGUCAAAGAUCAAUAUCUACUUAAUUUAUGGCAUACCCCACUGACUAUAUUCAACACAUGGAGCUGAAAAUGCAGCAUGCACUAAGUAUUGAAAUAUUGCUAGACAGAAAUUGAUUUUGAUUGAAGAAAAUUUAGUUCACAGUUCAUAUUUAAUCAUGUGACAUAUUAAGAUGCAAUAGCACAUAUUUUUUAAACCUGUAAUAGCAUUAUGGAGGGGUUUGUGCCUAUGGAUCAUUCAGAUCUCACAGGUUUUAUUAUGAUCGUUAUUUAUUCUUUCAUUAAUUUAUUUAUUUUGUAGGGGGUAGAGGUAAUGAUAUGCCAAGUAUUCACUUAUUAACUAAACAGACUACACUGAUAACAGAAUUUAAAUUUGUGUAUAUUUUGUGCUCUCUCAAAUUAUUAUUUAAACAAGGGAAAUAGUCUAAAAUUGGGCUUGUGUAAGUACUUGAAAAUAAUGAUUUUAAGUCAUUUUUAGAUGAGGCCAGUCAGCAAAAAUAUUCAAUAUGUUUGAUUAUAAAAAUUUUUUUUAAGUAUAUUCUAUUUAACUGAUGAAUAUGACUGAAGCAUGUAUGGUAUUUUAAAAUACAUUUGCAUAGA